AUGUUCUUGAAACUUAGUGUGCUUGUCCUGCUCAUCGCUGUCGCUUUCGCGCAACGUGGCACCCCUCCAGCACCAUCCGAGUGCCAAAUCUGUGAGCAUAUUAUCGCUCAGGCCAGACAUCAUUUCAAUAACAAUGUUACCAACGAGAAAGCCCUUCAACAAGAGCUUCUCAACGAAUGCAAGCACUUGCCACCACAGGAAGGAGCAUCAGCUGAGCAAACCUGCAUCGAUAUGGUAAACAAAAAUAUCGACAAGAUAUUCUCGGAUAUUAAAGCAGGAGAUCGUGAUGGACAGACUUGCUUUGAUAUUGGAGCCUGCACCAGCAUUCCCACGAACGUUCUCGACUCCUACAACAAUGAUUCUCUUGUGGAGCUUGCUGAUGCUAGGGACGAUUGCUCCCAGUAUGACACGGUAUGCUUCAUAUCGAGGAGCAUCAGGAACGCACCCUCCCGGGGUUACUCUCGCAAAAUGGUACCUCCUUUGAGCUUACUGCUGUUUGGAGCUUUUGUAGGACUUACAGCCGAAUACGGAGAUUUGAAUGACCAUCCAUUCAACAAUGGGGCAGAACUGCCUGAUGCUAUUAAAGAACUGUUCAGUGGCUAUUUGAUUGACAUAUACAAUGAGGUUUGA